AUGUUGCACCUCACGCCCCGACAAAAUCCCAACAGGAGAGGCAGCCCCAGAAGUAAUGGGAAACAGUUCACGCUCCACAGCCUCCUCUUCAGAACCAAGCUCGUCCAAGCCCAGUAUGCAGAAGGGCUUGCAUUUGCCCACAUUUGGAAGCCAGCUGCCAAGUCAUCUGAGGCGCUCCCUCCCAGGCGCCCCAGACUAAACCCCGCCCCCAACGUGACGUCAAGGCAGGACGUGAGGUCAGAGGGGGUCCGUCAGGGGGCGGGGCCUGACUGCGAACUUCCGGUCGGAUCGACCCUGAAGGCCCGAAGCCUCGGGCUCAAGUUGGGCAGCGUUCCCGGGGGAGUUGGUCGGUGUGGAGCGGCGCCCAGGCCGCGGGUUGCGGGCCGCAGGCCUCAGACUCCGGGCUCGGCCUCGGGGUCCAGGCCCCGGCUACAGGCAUCAGACCCGGGGCCCACCCUCGGGGCUCGGUCCCAGGCUCCAGGCCUCCAUCCCAGGCCCAGCCUCAGGCUCCGGCCCAGCCUCGGGCCUCAGUGCCGGGCCCAGCCUCGGGCUCUCGACACAUCCUCGGGUCCCAGGCCCCGGCUACAGACCUCAGGCCGAGGGCCCACCCUCGGGGCCCGGUCCCAGGCGCCUGGCCUCCAUCCCGGGCCCACCCUAAGGCCCAGGGCCCGGUCUCAGGCUCUGGACACAUCCUCGGGCCUCGGGUGCCAGGCUCCGGGCCUCGGGCGCCAGGCUCCAGGCCUCCGUCCCGGGCCCCAGACCCAGUCUCUGGCCUCAGCCCCGGCCCCCAGGCCCCGCCCGAUGGCCCAGGCACCCGAGGGCCCGGCGGUGCAGGCCUGGUCGCGGGCGCCGGUGGUGGGGCCCCGGGCACUGCGGGACGCUCUGGCGGUGCUGGCGCCCGAGUGCCGGGACUCGCCGAGGCAGCUGCUGAGCCUGGUGCAGGGGCUGCGGGAGGAGGGCUGCCUGCCCACCGUGCUGCGCAGCCAAGACGUGUACGGCUACACCUCCAGCACCUGCCGGGUGCCCCCCGCCGCCACCCCCGGCACUGCCGCCCAGCCCCGGGCCAACCCCCGGCACCAGAAACCCGCGGCCGACCCCAAGCCCCCGCCGCCCCGCCGAGGCUGGCUCCGCCCGCCGGCCUCGGGCGUCAGGCUGAGGGCCGCCCCCUGCCGGGACUCCCGCAGGCACCGCUACCCGGACAGGAAGGCAGGGGUCAGGAGGCUGAGCCGGCAGCCCCAGUCCAGGGACGGCAGCCCGGCCGAGGAGGACAGGCCGGCCAGCAGGCUGCAGCUGCUGCGCUCCAAGGUGAUCAAGGUGGACGAGCCGUCCUCAGACGAGGAAGUGAGGAGGAAGGCGCAGAGGAUCCUGCGGGUCAACCUGUCGCCCGUGGUGAAGAUCCAGCCCAUCGCCUACCCCACCUAGCACCGGGGCACACAGCGGCGGGACCACUUCCUGGGGGCACGACAGCAGCAAAUGACAUCUCGGGACCCCCCCACAGCGCCGGGCCCGCGUCAGGGAGCGACGGCCUGCGACCUGCCACAUCUGGAACUG